AUGCAAGGAUUAUCAACACUACUUCAACAAAAAAUAUUGACAUACUUGUUGCCAAAUGGAAUUCCAUCGACAUUGAAGGAAUACAUUGUAUCACACAUUAGAAGCUAUCAUAAUAGUGGAGAUGAGGAGGAUUCAGAUUUAUUCCAGAAGAUAAAUCUAAAUUCAUCACAUGUCGAACUAUCUUUGGUUUAUAGUCAGUAUUCAUUAUACAACAAACAAAACAUUCACACUUUGUACUUGGAGGCUUUGGACACCUUCUCAGAAGAAGGUAAAUGCGAUGUCCAAUUCAAAGAAACAAUCAAUAGUCUUCCAAACUUGGAGAGACUUAUCAUCGAAACAAAUAGCCCACAUCUUCUUUUGGCAAUUCAUAAACAAUAUCCUUCAUUAAAGAUGGAAGUGCUUGUUGAAGACUACGAAUACUUUCAGUAUGCCAAUAACAUAGAUCUAUCAUUUAUGGAGUUUAUUGCUAGUAGUGCUUCUGAAGUUGUUAAAUCAAAUCUUAACAUCUAUUACGAUGACUACUAUAAAUAUGUAAAAGCUUGGAGAAUGAAUUCAUUGGAAUUGGAAUAUGAUUCUUGGGAUUAUCAAUAUUUUAUGCAUCUCUCCUAUUCAUUUUUGUUGAAAUUACGAUCACUUCAACAUCUUCUAAUCCGUGUCGAUCAUAUUGAUGCCAAAGAACUUGUACUCGUUGCAAAGAACAAUAUCUUGGAAUCAUUCAGUUCCGAUGUAUUCUUCAGACUAUUCAUUGGUUCAUCUGGCUUUGAGUGCAAGUGUUCAGAACUUAUAGAGGAGAGUGAUGAUGAUCGUGUCCCCCUCAAGCAUUGGAGAAACUUUUGCUCUGCCCUUUCAACCAACACCAAAUUGAAAUAUCUUCAUCUUGGUAAUACUUGUAAACACAAGAAGCUUACCAAUAAACUUAGGACCUUCAUUUCAUCAGAAUUCCUCACAUCUUUGAAAGCCAAUGGUACACUCGAAUCACUUUCAUUAUCAUGUAAUAUGCUAUCAGAUGAUUUCUAUGAAUCUUUGUUUUCUCAAUCCAACACAGAUACGAAUAGAACCAUCAAAAGCAUACAUCUUCGUUCCUAUAAUCUCAAUCGAUUGAAAUCAAUUGGAAGAAUGCUUGAACACAACCAAACAAUCAACCAUUUAACAUUUUCAAAGUAUAUAAAUAGCAAAGAUGAAAAUAAUGAUGAUACAAAUCAAGCAAUAGAUUCAUUCGUUAGUUCACUUGCUCUCAACAAAACAUUGAUAUCAUUGACAAUCGAAGAGAAUACAUUUACUACAGAUCUUCUUUCAAAACUUUCUCUGUCAUCAACAUUAUCUUUUAUCUUAACAAAAAAGGAUCCAUAUGAAGAAGAUAGUGACGAUGAAGAAGAAGAAGAUGACGACGAUACAAGUAAUGAAGACGAUGAUGCAGAAGAAGAAGAAGAUGAUGAUGAUGAUGAAGAUGAUGAAGAGGAAGAAGAUGGUGAUGAUGACUAUAAAGAAUAA